GUGUGUGUGUGUGUGUGUGUCUGAGGACUUGCAACAAAUGCCUGAAGAGCAUUAUCCCACCUCUCCAAAGGCAUGAACGACCUCUCCAGUGCCCUCAGCCAAACCAACGCCCGUCGCUGCUGCAAUCCCAUUCCAACCCCUGUCUUCUGCAUUCUGACCCCUCUUUUCUUCGUCUCCCUCGCCCUUUCCAUCUUCAUCUUCGUCGCCGUCGGCAAUGCCGUUCUCCUCAUCUCCCUCCUCCUCAUCUCUUCUCUCAUUUCCGCCUUCCUCUUCUGGAACGUAUGCAUCUGGAAGAGAGAUGGCGGGAUUCUUCUCUUCCUCGAUCAUCUCCCUGACGCCGACCUCCGCACUGCCAAGGACGGGCAGCUUGUCAAGAUCACGGGGUUGGCUUCUUGUGGGACUAUUUCUCUGGAAUCAUCCUAUGAGAAGGUUCCCAGAUGCGUUUAUAUAUCAACACUGGUAUAUGAAUACAUAGGAUUCAGAUCAGAACUGGCAAAUAUUAACCAAAGAUACUUCCAGUGGAGUUUAACAUAUUCAGAGAGGUUUGCCACCGACUUCUACAUAACAGAUACAAAGUCUGGUAUCAGAGCUAUGGUUAAAGCUGGCUAUGAUUCUAAAGUAACUCCUCUAAUUCAUGAGACCCGACUUGUUAGCACGACAAGGAGAAACAGAGCAUUGUCUUCUUACCUGAGGAAGUGGUUAGGAGAGAGGAACCUCUCGGCCGAAGCCCGUCUAUUGCGCCUGGAGGAAGGGUAUGUUAAGGAGGGAAGCUCUUUGACUGUGAUGGGAGUGUUGCAGAGAAACAACGAUGAUGUUAUGAUUGUUCAGCUGCCGGAACCCAUCUCGACAGGUUGUCUGUGGAGAAGAUUUCUCCUUCCUGGCGACAUUAAUGGGCUGAUCCUUAGGGUCUCUGACAGCACUGCUUCUCUUGCUACACCAUGUUCUCUCCAAGAUCCUGGACGUUGAUUGGUGAGAAGAUGCUUGCUCCACCUCUGUGAAUUUGGCAUCCAUUACUGAUUUUGGUUUUCAAAAUGAUGGAACUGGGUGUUUCAGAAUUUUCAUCUUUUUGUUAUAUAAUAUGUAUUUUUGAUAAAA